AUGGUACUCGAAAUCAACCCGAAGCCAAUGGAAAAAGUAGUAAUGAAUUGGCAAGUUGAGGAAUCUCUUGAGGAAGAAAAAACAAGAUUGAUUGCCAAUAUGGAACAAAAGUCGAAAGCAGAUCCCAGUUUAACGGCGAGGAAUUUGUGCUCAAUUCAGCGCAUCGAUCCUUGCGCUGUAGCUAUUAUUGACAAGGCAACACAUGCUGCGAAAUACAAUUUCGAUGUGACUGCAAAAGCUUGGACGAAGACAAAUAUUGAAGGAGCACUAUUUAUAAUACAAAGAGCUGACAAACCGUACUACAGUCUGAUCAUUGCAAAUCGCCAAUCUUUGGACGAUAUGGUGGAGCCUGUUAACCCGCUGACGAAAAUGAAUCUAGAAGGACACUAUUUGUUCUUCUGCAAACCUGACAAUCAAAUCUAUGGCCUAUGGUUCUUCUCCACAGAAGACUGCUCUCGUCUCUACAAUUUGCUCAAAAAAUUGCAGGAAGAAAUAAGAUCUGGAAAAAUACCUACGCCGCCUGCGAACGACGACGUCGGUUCGUCUAAUGUGCCUGAAUCGGUUGCGCCUCCAAAUGAGUCUAAUCAGUUGCUUGACCUACUGAAAUCCACACAAACUACACCUUCCGUGCAGGCCAGCAUUCGUGAUAACCACUCUUCUGCAGCUCGGCCUUCCUCAUCUUCUCAGGAAAAACCAGAUAAAGAAAAGCCAAAACUAAGUGAAGAACAAGGGCCGACGGGAGCUCCAGUAUCAGAAAUGCCAGUUUUGCUGCAGAAACUUAUGAUUCAGGAACAGCCUAAGCUAAUUUCGAAGGUUUGCUCUUCUGUGUUGACUUCCGAAGACCUCGAAAAAGACUUGCUUCGCACCGCUAAGCCAAAACAUGCACAGUUUCAGGAAAUGUACACGUCUGCAUCGGCUGCAUCACUGGCUGCGCUAUCGAAUCGCUCAGUUCAUGGAAGCGAUGGAGAAGCAGACGCAAAUGAAGUGGAGUCGAUAGUUAGUAGCCGCGCUCCUGCCGAUGAUUCGACCUUUGCAAUCUGUUCUGGUUCUACUACACCACCGCUUAACAAAUUACAGUUCGCAUCCGCUCUGAUUCAUCUAAUGCAGACAGACGACCACUUCUUGACGCAGAUCCACCAAGCCUACAACUUGACCAGAAGGUAUUGCGUAGCCGCACUCUGUUGCGCAAAUCCUCUAUUCUGGUUGGAACAUUGA